AUGGCCCCGCGCAAGAAUGCCAAGGGCGGCGGCGGCAACAGCAGCAGCAGCAGCAGUUCCAGCAGCCCGAGCAGCUGCACCAGCGGCGGCAGCAGCAGCCCCGGGGCCCGGAAAGAGACAAAGCAUGGAGGACACAAGAAUGGGAGGAAAGGAGGACUUUCUGGAAGUUCGUUUUUCACGUGGUUUAUGGUCAUUGCAUUGCUCGGAGUCUGGACAUCGGUAGCUGUGGUCUGGUUUGAUCUUGUUGAUUACGAGGAAGUGCUAGCCAAAGCAAAGGACUUCCGUUAUAACUUAUCAGAGGUACUUCAAGGAAAACUGGGAAUCUAUGAUGCUGAUGGUGAUGGAGAUUUUGAUGUAGAUGAUGCCAAAGUUUUAUUAGGCUUUAAAGAAAGAUCUGCUUCAAAGCCAACAGUCCCACCAGAAGAGGCUGAGCCGUACCCUUGGCUGGAGGAUCAGGUUCUGGAGGGGCCAGGGCCUCAGAAUAUUGAGGAUGAAGUGCAAGGACAAGUUCAGUCACUUCUUGACGAAACGGUGUGCGCAGAACAUGGAGAGGACCUGCACCAAGAACAGGAUGAACCAGCAGGAGACCUACAGCCCAAAGAUGGUAUCUUUGCAGGAAGUGAUACAGAUGACAGAUAUGAACCUGUGGGGACUGGAGCAGUGCAUGAAGAAACUGAAGAUAGCUACCAUGUAGAAGAGACAGCUUCACCAGCCUACAGUCAGGAUAUGGAAGACAUGAUAUAUGAACAGGAAAAUCCAGGUUCCAGUGAACCAGUGGUAGAUGAUGCUGGAAGAAUGUAUCAGGAAGCAGAUGACAUCACCUACCAAGAGUAUGAUGAGCAAGAUAAUGCUGUAGAUGACUCAAACACAAUUUUAGAAGAGGUGCACGUGCCCCCUGCAGAGGAACAGCGAGAAGUACCACCAGAAACAAAUAAGAAAACAGAUGAUCCGGAAAAAAAAGAAAAAGUGAAGAAAAAGAAGCCUAAACUAUUAAAUAAAUUUGAUAAGACUAUUAAAGCUGAACUCGAUGCUGCAGAGAAACUCCGUAAACGGGGAAGAAUUGAGGAAGCAGUGCAUGCGUUUGAAGAACUGGUUCGGAAGUACCCUCAGAGUCCAGGAGCGCGAUAUGGGAAAGCAAAGUGUGAAGAUGAUUUGGCUGAGAAAAGGAGGAGCAAUGAGGUUCUGCGCAGGGCCAUCCAAACCUACCAAGAGGCGGCCAGCCUGCCUGACGUCCCCGCAGACCUGGUGAAGCUGAGCUUGAGGCGGCGGUCAGACAGACAGCAAUUUCUAGGUCACAUGAGGGGUUCCCUGCUUACUCUGCAGAAAUUAGUUCAACUAUUUCCUGAUGAUGCUUCCUUAAAGAAUGACCUUGGAGUGGGGUACCUCUUGAUAGGAGAUAAUGAUAGCGCCAAGAAGGUUUAUGAAGAGGUUCUAAAUGUGACGCCUAAUGACGGUUUUGCUAAAGUGCAUUAUGGCUUUAUUCUGAAGGCACAGAACAAGAUUGCUGAGAGCAUCCCUUAUCUCAAGGAAGGAAUAGAAUCUGGGGAUCCUGGCACUGAUGAUGGGCGAUUUUAUUUCCACCUGGGGGAUGCCAUGCAAAGAGUUGGAAACAAAGAGGCAUAUAAGUGGUACGAGCUUGGGCACCAGAGGGGCCACUUUGCAUCUGUGUGGCAGCGCUCACUCUACAACGUUCAUGGACUGAAAGCCCAGCCGUGGUGGACCCCCAAGGAAACGGGCUACACAGAAUUAGUGAAGUCCUUAGAAAGAAACUGGAAGUUAAUCCGAGAUGAAGGCCUUGCAGUGAUGGAUAGAGCCCAGGGCCUGUUUCUGCCUGAAGAUGAGAACCUGAGGGAAAAGGGUGACUGGAGCCAGUUUACACUGUGGCAGCAAGGAAGGAAAAAUGAAAAUGCCUGUAAAGGAGCUCGUAAAACCUGUUCUUUACUAGAUAAAUUCCCCGAGACGACAGGAUGCAGAAGAGGACAGAUCAAAUAUUCUGUCAUGCACCCGGGAACCCACGUGUGGCCGCACACGGGACCCACGAACUGCAGGCUCCGAAUGCACCUGGGCUUGGUGAUUCCCAAGGAAGGCUGCAAGAUCCGAUGUGCCAACGAGACCAAGACAUGGGAAGAAGGCAAGGUGCUCAUCUUUGAUGACUCCUUUGAGCAUGAGGUGUGGCAGGAUGCCACGUCUUUCCGGCUGAUCUUCAUCGUGGAUGUGUGGCACCCCGAGCUGACACCCCAUCAGAGACGCAGCCUUCCUGCGAUUUAG